AUGUCUUUAGAUAACGAGCAGUUAGCGAGGUCUAGUACCAAUUGUUUGGAAAAUCUCGUCAUAUCCAAUGGCAACACGUUCUCCGAAGACGUCUGGGAAAAGACAUGUCAAUGUGUAAAGACGAUAUUUGAAUCAACCGUACCUCACGAACUAUUGAAAUGGAGACCCGCUGACCAACAAGUAAUGAGUCUACCCACACCUGAUGUCACUCCUGCGUCAUCACCACUCAAGAUAAUGUCACCUGUCGUCCUAGAGGAUGAUAUCGUGCCCAAAUAUCCCGAAGUUGUGCAGACGGAGAGGAUGCUGUUCAAUUCAUUGAUCAUUAAGUGUGUCGUUCAAUUGGAACUAAUCCAAAUGAUCGACAAUGUCGUCUUUUUCCCAAGCACCAGCAAGCGAGAGAAUGAAGAUACUAUGGCUGAAUUACAGGGUCUCAACACUCCUCGACGAACCGCUAAACGAAAACACGACGGAAUGAUUCCACAUCUUACCUCUAACCAGCUGUUUUUGUUUUGCGAAAUGCUGGAGAACUCGUACAAGUUUGCUAAAAGCUUCAAUUGUAACAACGAGCUGAGGACGGCGCUUUGGAAAGCUGGACAGUCGAAGCCGAAUUUAUUGAAACAAGAGACGUCCAGUUUUGCCUGCCUGUUGAGAAUUCUCUUUCGCAUGUACGAUGACGUUGCGAGAAAGGAAUCAUGGGAAGGCGUCGAGGAAAAGGUGUUGAGGAUUUGCGAGGAAGCUUUAAGGCAGUUUAUUGAAUUACAGUCAGUUGGUCACAGGGAUGCUUGGACGAGUUUACUAUUGCUUAUGUUUACCAGAAUUCUUCGUUUGAACGAUGAAAGAGUGAGUAGUGAUUUUUAUAUGGUUAAAUGA